AAUGAGCAUGCGCAGUAAAUGGCCAUAGCGUUUCCUGGUCCAUGUAGUCACAUGAUGAGGGAGAGGAUUGUCUGACUCCAGAUGGACACAAUCGUCUCUACCCAAAAUUUAUCGGUGGCAGUUUUACCCAGCUAACAUGGCAGGCUGAACAUGUAAGAACCAUGUCACCCCAAGCUCCUCGCAUGUCAGCGUUCACCUUUCAGUCAGCAGUACACAGCGCCAAUGUUCUUCAGUGUCUGAAUGACCAGAGGCAGCGGGAUGUCCUGUGUGAUGUGACAGUGGUGGUGGAAAACAGGAGUUUUCGGGCCCACUGCUCAGUCUUGGCCUCCUGCAGCGAAUACUUUCACAACAGGUUUACCAGUGUCACCAGACAAAACCCCAUCAUCACCUUGCCUGACAAGGUGACUGUGGAGGGGUUUGAACCUUUGCUACAAUUUGCCUACACAUCAAAGCUGGUAUUCACCAAAGAAAACAUUCACGCCAUUCACAGUACUGCUGAGUUUUUAGGAUUUCACAACUUGGAGUCAGCAUGCUUUGAUUUUCUCAUCCCCAAGUUUUCCGAAGGCAAGAGAACCUCACAGAGACAUAGAGUCUGUUGUCAGAGCCGGGAUCCCAGUGCCAGUAUUGGCCCCAGCACUGAGAGCAGCCAACCAAAAUUACUUGAGUCACACAGCUCACUGGCAAGUGAUGAACAAACACAGGUCUCAUCACAGUGUCCUCAGAGUGGACAGAGUCAGACGAACAGUGAGGAAGAACACUUCUGUUUGGAGAACUGCGGCCCACAAAUGGCUCCCUUAUCUCUGGAGUUAACAGGAAGUGGUGUGUGCCCAAUGUUGUCUUCGCCAUGCCCUGCCUCUGACAAAGUAGAUCUCUCUCAGUUCUACCAAAUUAUAGUGGUAGGAGAUGCGUGUGAUCAAAGCGAGUUGAGUUUGGCAAACGGUGGCUUACCCUGUCAGCUGUCAAUGCCAGGAGAAGUGAAUCCACCAGAACUCGUUGAGCCAGCAGGCAGAGAUGUCAAACAAACUGCUGAGAUGCUUGGUGCUGAAACCAACUCUAACCCCAGUUCACAUCCACUCAGUACAUCAGGGGCAGAAGAUUGCAGUGAGUUAUCAGAGCAGAGCGAGGCUGGCCUUGACCAGAGAAUGGCAGAUGAUCUCUCAGACCCUACACUAACUCCUCUAAGCCACGAAGAAAGAUUUGGUCAGAGGAGCAGUGUGGAGAGGGAGGUGGCUGAACAUUUGGCAAAGGGAUUUUGGUCUGACCUGUGCCCAUCUCAGACUCAGGCACUCCCUCUGGAUCACACAGACCAAAACAAUCUGACAAAAGCAUCAGACUUUCAUUGGCUUAAGCAGCUGGACCUGACCUCCAGUGCAGGAGACUGUCCCUUCCUCAGGGACCUUGGGCCAGGUGAUGUCCCAGUUCCACACAAUGACAGUCUGUCCCAGUCAGAGAAGAGCCCUUGCAUGUCCUCCUCACCGAACUCUGGGGACGACUCAGACCUGGACACAGAUGGAGAUACUGAGGCCAACAACAAAAGAGCAGCAGAGAUUCAGCUCCCAUUCCCAGUGGAGCAGAUAUCUGCACUGAACCGGAGGGCCUUCCAGCAGCUUCUGAGACACCAUCUCUUGACUACAGAUCAGCUAGAGUUUGUCCACGAUGUCCGUCGGCGAAGCAAAAACCGCGUGGCUGCACAGCGCUGUCGAAAGAGGAAACUAGACAGCAUAUGUCAGCUAGAAUGUGAAAUAAAAAAAUUAAAAAGUGAGAAAGAGCAGCUGCUACAGGAGCGAAGUGAGUUGGAGCAAAACCUGCAGAAGGCAUGGCUUAAGAUUGUCAGCAUUGAAUCUGGCUCUGAUCAGGACCAUGUGCAGCUUCUUGACAAGUUCUCCUCACCACACUUUCCUAUCUCAUCACCUAGCCUUGUGGAUAAAGAUGAAGAGUCCCAGACUGCUACUGAAAGGGUAGGUGUUUCGUCAGAAUGUGACCCAGCUGGUCCACCUGCAGACUCAGUUGACUGUGCUGUACCAGAGGCUGGUACACAGACAGCGGAGGCAGGUUCUCCACAGGUCUACCCUGUUCCCAUGUCUUUGCUUAACACCUGUCUGGACAUGGACAACAUCUUGUAAUUGGACUCAAAUACCAUUUGUCAUUUGUAAUCAUGCAGGGCCAUGGGGGUCGGGGGGAUCUGACUAUAUACUGUAAUCUCCAUUUGUGAUAGACAUGCUUUCCUUGUAUUUAAUUGAAUAUAAUGUUCUAUCUGACAGAUGUAUCUUAGAUUGACAUAGAGACUUGUCAGCCUUCCUUUGCUGUUUUUAUAAUACACAUUUCACGGCAAACACACAAUUCACUAUUCACUGAUUUGAAGGUGCAGUCGAUUUUCAGGUAAUUCCUAAAUGUUUCCAUUUGUAAAUGAGUCAAUUUGUAAAUGUAAAAUGAAGUUUGUUUUCUCAGGGAAUCUCAUAACCUGAUUGUGCUAAAAUAAUUCUCGUUGCACCCCCAACACACACAAUGCACAUGCAGUUUACUAGUUUUCAUAAUAAGACAUUUCUUUCAUUUCAAGGUAACCAGUCUAUCAUUAGACGUUUGACACAUACUGUAUUAUUUCACCAGAAUUAUGUUUCCCUGAUUAAAUAUGCACAGCACUAACAGAGCUUUUUACUAUAGAUUUUAGGGAAUUGUUGCAUCUUCUCAAGAGCAUUAUUUGAAUGCCAAUGCAUAGUUUCACUGAUUGGUAUUUGGGGAAUGCUUCUAGUGUUUUUGAAAGUAUUACAAGGAAUAUAAGAAGUUGUUGUUUGAUAAUGUGCCUUAUGCAGUAGCAUAGUAUGAAUACCUAAAGAUAAAGGCAUUCUUUGUGUAUUCUUGUCAUGAGAACUGUUACACAUUAACCCAGAGCCCUAUUGAUGACAUUCUCCUACAUUUAAGUCUGUUUCCACAUAUUUUUAUUAAAUGCUUUCAUGGAUUACAGAUUUAAAUAAACAACCUUUUGUUACUAUUCAGUGUUUCUUUUGAACGCUCAGUAAGUGGGAAUGUUUUCCACUUUAUUGAUGUACAAUACCACAGUUUGGCCAGCAGAUGGAAGCACAGCUUUGUUUACAAUCCGUUUAAUUAACGGACUCCAAUACUGAACUGUUCCUUCUGCAAUUUCUCUGCCAGAGAUUGAGGCUAAAGCUUGAAGUUGAAAGGUUUUGUAGUUUUGAAGUUGUAAAUUUUGUUUAAAAAAUUUGAAGUAACGUGCUGUAGUGUAGUGCUGAUGUUAGACUCUUCAGUCAGCAUUUGUGGACAUGACAUAACCAACUAAACUUAAAUAAAAUAGUUAACAUUCAAGAAGACAGUUGUUUUAGAAUGACUUGUGUACUAUAAACAAAAUGACUCUGACCUAAAAGUCAUGUUCUUAUUGCACAUGGUGGAUUAAAAAAUACACUAAAUGCAUUUGUUAGCUCUACAGUGUCAUUAAGGAAGACUGGGCUUGAAAGGGGUGGGCAACCCCGGUCCUCGAGUGCCGCUGCCCUGCUUAUUUUCCAACUAUCCCUGCCCUACCCACUUCUGAUUACCUGGAUUAGGUGUGUUCAGUCAAUCAGAAGCUGAAGGAUAUGAUCUUAGAUGAUGGUGGAGUGAGGAAAGACAAAGUGAAUUGGUAGCUUCCAGUUUCUCAUUAACAUCUAUGUUUGCAAGUCCACAUGUACAGUAGACAUGUUGCUGUAGUUUCCUCUGGUACCACUAGGUGGUGUAGGUUGGACUGGCAGGUUGCCUUCAUUUGCAGUGUAGAUAUAGAAGAAACAAUAUUCUGAUGCUGACAAGUGUUGUGUGUCAUCCUCAUUUGGUUAAAAAAAAUAGAUUUCCUCUGUUUCUUAACAUUUAAACCCCCUCUCAGCAUA